CCCCUCUAAACUACCUGGUAACGGUCCUCCUUCUCCUCCUCCAAGCUACACCACCAAGUUCUUACCCAUCCCACCCCUCACAUCAAACUCCUUAAUAUGGAUCACUCUUCAUCUUUCCUACUCAAAUCUACCUCUUCAAUCCCUUAACUUCACAAGCCUAUCAUCGCCUCCCUCUCUUGAGUGCCUUCUCUUUGAAUCUUCAUCGUUUCUAAAGUUUCAAAAUCACAAUCCCCUUUAAAUUUAUCAACCUUCAUUGCUACUAGCCAAACUCCCAAUACUUUUUGAUUCAAGAGACCCAAAUCCUAUCAUUUCCUAUCCUUCUAAUUUUUUUAGUGGUCUAUGUUAUUGGGUGUUAUUAAUUCUGCUUGCCGCAUAUUGAAGUUUGAUUUAGUAUGUGAUUGGUUCUACAUAUGAUAAGCUUGUGUUAUGGGUGUUGCUAUUUGAAGAUUUGGUGUGGAUUUAUGAGGAACUUUAUGAGUUGAAUAGAGUCUUACAAAAGGCAGCCACAACGAACAGAACUGUUAUUAUGACAACUCUGAAUGAAGCAUGGGCAGCAAAAGAUUCAAUAUUUGAUCUUUUCAUUGAAAGCUUCAAAAUUGGGAAUAAAACAGAAGGGCUAUUGAAGCACUUGUUAGUGAUUGCAUUGGAUCAAAAAGCAUAUGCUCGAUGCUUAAAAUCAAAGCUUCAUUGCUAUAGCCUCAGAACUGAUGGCAUUGAUUUUUCUGGGGAGGCAUAUUUUAUGAGUGCAGACUACUUGAAGAUGAUGUGGAGGAGGGUUCAGUUUCUUACAAAAGUUCUUGAUAUGGGAUAUAACUUCCUUUUUUCGGAUGCAGAUAUAAUGUGGUUUCGAGAUCCAUUUCCACAUUUCUAUCCAGAUGCUGAUUUCCAGAUUGCUUGUGAUUAUUUUCGGGGCAACCCUUCGGACAUAGACAAUGCACCUAAUGGAGGUUUCACCUACGUGAAAUCAAACAACAAAACAAGACAAUUCUACAGGUUUUGGCACGACUCAAGAAUCCUUUAUCCAAAAUAUCACGAUCAAGAUGUCCUCAACAAGAUUAAACGUGAUCCCUGCAUCCAGCAGAUGGGACUAAAAAUCAAGUUCUUUGAUACAGCUUAUAUUGGAGGAUUUUGUGAACCUAGUAGAGACUUGAACAAGGUAUGCACCAUGCAUGCAAAUUGCUGUGCUGGUUUAGAGAAUAAAGUCCAUGACCUUAAAAUCAUGCUUGAGGAUUGGAGAAAGUAUAUGAAACUACCUGAAAGCAAUAGAUCGGACCAUUCUUGGACAGUUCCACAGCUUUGCGGCCUUGCAUCUUUUGGCCGUCAUAAAUCAACCAACAAAACCUCAGAAGGAACAUGAUGAAAAUUCAUAUUGUGUUUCGGACUGAUGAGGAAUUGAUAUGAAAAGGCAGUCCAUUCAAUUGAAAAGUUAAACACAGUUGCAUGGCUGGCUCUCUCUAACCAACUAAAUCACCUCAUGUACUUGGCAUAUUCUAGUUGAAAGAUCUCCAAUCCUUGUAAAAAGUUAGAUCUCAUAUUGUUGUAAAGAAUUUUGAUAUCAGCUUACACUUUGAUGGAAGAGGAGUUGUUAUAACCCUCUGUUUUUUGGUUCA